UACUGAGGCCCAAUUGAACCAUCAGUCACAUGACCCCACUGUCUGUGGGAGGAGCCACACUGCCCCGUAUCUCUAUAAUACUCCCAGGUAGCAGACUCCCGGCCCGGUGCCUCCCAGACCUACAGCGGUGAGUGGGGCGGCAGGUCGGGCCGUGGGGCUGAUAAUAAGGCGAGGGGCCCAUGAGUGUUUAUUGGGGCGAAAGCUUCAGUGACCGUAGCUGUAACAGAGUGGGCGGUACAGCCAGUUAUCCAGCCCCGCCCACCCCCUACGUAACAGGGGCGGGAACUCGGCUUCCCUCAGCAGCAGCGGCAGUUCCUGGCCCCGCCCCCUAUGAUCGCUGUCUCCGCCCCUUCUCCCGAGAAGCGCAGUUGUGCGAACUUCCUGCCCGGGAAUUGGCUUCUGCCCCCUGAGCUGCCGCAAUCCGGGGUACAGCAACGGAACCAGGAGCCCCAUGUCCCACGGACAAGGGAUCUGGUCUGGCACUGCAGGGUAUUGGUUAGUUCCAUAUGGAUCUCCAGUCCCAGAAAUGAAUAAGGUCAGAAGAGAGAAAGUAAGUAAAAGUCAGGAGAGCCUCAGUCAGAUCCAGAGUCUUCCAGCCAAGGGAGUAUCUCCACGCAAUGAAUCCGGCAUGGCAACCAAUAACAACAAAGAGCCAUGGAAAGAGCAGGACUAUUGCACAGCAGAGGGGUCUUCAUGUCUUGGUAUGGAAAGGAAGAAGAGAUGUUUCUCAAAUGUUCCUAAAAAAAACCUCAAGACAACUUGGUUGCCUAAGUUCUAUGGCACCGUGAAGCCUUUUAUCUGCACAAAAUGUGGGAGGAGAUUCCGUCGCAUUUGGAACCUUCUCACCCACCAGAGAAUCCACACAGGGAGGAGAUUCCCCUGUUCUAAAUGUGGGAAAUGUUUCUCACACAGGAAGAUCCUCAUUGCUCAUAAAUGGGUUCAUACUGGGAGGAAACCAUUCACCUGCACUGAAUGUAAUAAGGGCUUCUUGUGGAACAGGGACCUUCAGAAACAUCUCCAUGAUAGUCGCCUUCAGAAUCAAAGAAAUGGGAAUAUCUUGAUCUGUUCCCAGUCUGAAAAAAGACACAGAGAAAUUAAGGAAUUUGAAUCUCGUCUUUGGAUUCACCAAGAAGAGAAGCCAAUUGUGUGUCCUACAUGUGCGAAAAGCUUUGAGAAGAAGAGUGAUUUUGACAUUCACUGUUUGACACACGCAGGAGAAACGCCCUUUGUCUGCGCGGAGAGUGGGAGAAGCUACAAGGAAAAAGGCAAACUGACCAUUCACCUUCGGACUCACAAGGGAGAGCAGCACUGUGUAUGUGACGAGUGUGGGAAAGUUUUCCAAGAUAUGUUUGCGCUCAGGGCACACCACCGUAUUCACACUGACGUGAAGCCUUAUGUGUGCACUGAGUGUGGGAGAAGCUACAAGGAAAAAGGCAAACUGAACAUUCACCUUCGGACUCACAAGGGAGAGCAGCGCUGUGUAUGUGAUGAGUGUGGGAAAGGCUUCCGAGAUAUGUUUGCACUCAGGGCGCACCACCGUAUUCACACCGGCGUGAAGCCUUAUGUGUGCACUGAGUGUGGAAAAAGCUUUAACAGAAAGGAAUCACUCGAUGAACAUUUUCGUAGACACAUAGGAAUGAACAAAUUCGCCUGUACGGAGUGUGAGAAGUGCUACAGUAACAGGAGAGAACUUAAUAUCCACCUGAGGAAUCACACAGGGAACUUGUUUCCUUGCACAGAGUGCCAGCAGGUAUUAUCUUCAAAGAAGAGCCUCAAGCGACACCAAAUGAUCCACACCGGGGAGAAACCAUUUGAGUGCACAGAGUGCGGGAAAUGCUUCCGGGAAAAGAGAAAGCUGGAGCUGCACUGCCGUAUUCAUUCCGGGGUGAAAUCUUUCUCGUGCUCCGAGUGUGGCCUACAGUUCACAUGGAAAACUGCACUGCAGCAACACCAGUUGUGUCACACUGGGGAAAAGCCGUUUCACUGUACUGAGUGCGAGAAAAGAUUCAGGUCCAUGAGUGACCUCAAAGUGCACUGGCGGCACCACACAGGGGAGAAACCAUUUGUCUGUAAAGUGUGUGGGAGAAGAUUCAGGGAUAAAAACAGCCUUGACUCUCAUCUUGGCAGUCACACUGACGAGAGACCUUUUGUUUGUGUAGAGUGUGGGAAGAGGUACAGGCAAAAGAGUAGCCUCACUAAUCAUCUUCACACUCACAUCAGAGACAUCAAAUUUGUCUGUAACGAGUGCGGGAAAAGUUACAACUCAGAAAGGCACCUCAGCGCCCAUCGUCUGACGCACGUGCGCUAAAAUGUUGCCUUGGUACCAUUAUAAGUGGACUCGGGUCUGACCUUCACAUGGCCACAGGAGAGAAGCCAUUGGUCCGUGUUACAUGUGGGGACGAGUACAGGGUCCCAUUAGGACAAGGCAAGUGUUAUUCACUGGGGGGGCCACUGUUUGUUAGGCCACUCCCCAUGCGUGUAGUCUCGAACCUUGGCCUAGGGCCCAUGUGCUCCAUUAGAACUUCUACUUUACUGUAUAUAAGGAUGGACUCAGGUCCCCGAGGGGACAGGCAGAAGAUGAUGGGAGAUCAGCAAAUAGUACCCUGGACCCUUGUGUUCUCAAGAGAAAUGUUGGCCCCUGAUCCAAGUUUAGCGAUUAUAUUCCCUUGGCUUGUUCUUUAAUGGUCAUUAACUCAUGAAAUAAAGUGUUGAGCAAAGUC